AUGUUUCGACGAGUUCUUACGACCGCGCCGGCGCAAGCAAGUCGGAUUGUUUCUUCUGCCGCACGACCAGCCGUUUCGUCGCCAGUUAGAGUAGCGGCGCCAGCGAUAGUAUCAAGAAGGGCCUACCACGAGAAAGAUAAGUCGAACUCUUCUUGCUUCUCACUGCUCGACCACUAUAACAGGCCCCGAAAUGUCGGCUCGAUGCCCAAGAACGACACGGACGUCGGCACUGGACUUGUAGGCGCACCGGCAUGCGGUGACGUGAUGAAGCUACAGAUCCGGGUCGACCCCAAUAACAACACGAUCAGCGACGUAAAGUUCAAGACCUUCGGCUGCGGAUCCGCCAUUGCGAGUUCGAGCUACCUGACGGAGCUGGUGCGGGGCAUGAAGCUGGAGGAUGCGGCGAAGAUAAGGAACACGGAAAUUGCGAAGGAGCUGUGCCUGCCGCCCGUCAAGCUACAUUGCUCCAUGCUUGCUGAAGACGCUAUCAAAUCCGCCAUCUCGAACUACUACACCAAGAACCCGAAGGCAAGAGCCACGGACCUGGGUGGUACUGGGGCAGCGAUGCCCAAGGUCGAGGUGGAGGCUGUUGCUGCGUAA